UAGUUGAUUUAAUCAUGUUAAUAUUUUUAUAGUGGGCAGUUUGGACAUUUUCUGUCUGUGCACAUUGUAAGUUUAGUUCUUACAAUGUUGGAGAGGAAUGGUUAUAAGACAUGGUGAAUACUGAUGUGCUGAUGGACGGGGGGUGGGGGACACUUCAAGGGGAUUUUGGUAUCAAAACAUGUCAAAUGUAAAUUCAUGUUCUAGUUCUAUUUGAUGUUCACACAGUUUUCAAGUUACAGGUGUGAAGAACAGCUUAUUGCAUUACAGUAACAACAAGCAACCAACACUAUAUGUUUAUAUUAAAAUUUAUGCUACAUGAACAAUUUUAGUUACAUAACAAUCUCAUUAUGUUUUUGAAUAUAUUUUAUACCUGCUUCAAUUUAAUAACUAAAUUAAUACAACAAAAAUCUGAUUUUUUUUUUUUUUUUUUAUAUUUCAUGUUUCAUGUCUGUAAGAUUUUUUAAAGGGGUGGUAUAAUGCCACUUUUACAAGAUGUAAAAUAAGUCUCUGAUGUCCCCAGAGUGUGUAUGUGAAGUUUUAGCUCAAAAUACCCUACAGAUAAUUUUUUAUAGCCUGUUAAAUUUGUCACUUUUUGAGGGUGAGCAAAAAUGCUCCGUUUUUGUGUGUCCCUUUAAAUGCAAAUGAGCUGCUGCUCUCAAAAGGGGGCGGAGUUUCAGGAGCUAUUGUUAGCACUUAGCAGCGCCUCACAUUACCUCAUGCAGACUCACUGAAAAUGUCAGAAACUAUUCCGACUUUUAUGUUCAAAUCAGAGUCAGACAAUGAUGGAGAGACUCAAGAAGAAGUGACAACAUUCUGAAUACAACAGGACGCUUCUGAACGAGCUUCAGUGUUUACGUCGGAACAGCGGCUCAGUAUUGGCCGGAAAAUACUUGGCCUGCGUUCAGUUGGUAACCACUGUAGUCACGUCAACAGUUUUACUGAUGUCUUUAGUACCUUUCUGGACCUCAAAAGGUGCAAUGUCGUUGCUGCCUAUAUGUGUGGAUCAGAUACCCUCAGAUUUCAUCAAAAAUAUCUUAAUUUGUGUUCCGAAGACAAACGAAGGUCUUAUGGGUUUGGGACGACAUGAGGAAGGGAGGAGUUUUAAUUUGAAUCCUGAACUGUUGCCCUUCACAAGGCUCAGAGACAGCACUCUGAGUGGAUCGCUGUGGAUUAAAACACCUGUCUGUGGUUUCACUCGCCUCUGGAAAGGAUUUUUUAAUGGCAAAUUACUGUGACUGCUUGUUUACAGAGGUGAAAAGAUAACUGAAAAGGAAGUUUUACUACUGGUGAGCACUGAGAACAAGUGUUGAACUACAAUGAUGGGAAAAAUAAAAUGAGACGCAUAUCUGGACAGGACCAGGGCAAGACAGCAAAUGUCCAAGUAUUUCUUUUUUCUCUGAAAGGACAAAGGUAAUGCAGUUGCAAUUAAAGGAACUAUCAUCUUAUACCACUUUUCAGUAACUUCUUUUUAAUUGUUAAAGGAAAUACAUAUUUUUUUCUGUUAAAAAUGCAUUUUUAUUUAAUUGAAACAAUUCUGUAAUAAAAGCAUUUAUUGAUUCAUUGAUACAUUCUAAAAACACAAUUUUAAAUAGAUUUUUUGUUUGAAUCUCUAAAUUAUUUUGAAUAUUUCUAACUAUAUCUGUAGUUGUAUGACAAUCAAAGUCAUUCAACACUUUAAAAAAAAUCUUUUUAACAUUUAUGCUUAGAUAUAUUCACUCUUAAAGUGAGGUAAAUCAUUGUGUGCAGUGUGUCAGGUGAAGCAUGGCUGGAAAUUGUUUUUUACUACAUCUUCUGCUCACUGCCAUUCUGGGACGGGCUUCUAAAGCACAGGACGAGACUUCUACUGAUAUGGACAUCCAAACAGCCAAUCAGACCAUAGAUCCUUUGUUGAUUUCUGUGACACCAGAGGGGCCUCCAACUUUGAGCACACCUGGAGAGGUGGAGGAGGAUACUGUGCCAACCACUGGCACCCGCUGCAGGGGUUACUAUGAUGUGAUGGGCCAGUGGGACCCUCCCUUUAAUUGUAACGCAGGUAUUUUCUUGUACUGUUGUGGCACCUGUUUCUACCGAUUCUGCUGCCAGUUCCGUCAGCAGCGACUGGAUCAGACCUCCUGCUCCAACUAUGAUACUCCCAUUUGGGCCAACACUGGAAAACCUGUGGCCACCAACACUGAGGUGCAGCCAGACCAUGAGCGGGAUCGAACUCACAUGAUUGUGUACAUCAUCUGUGGUGUGGUGGCCAUCAUGGUCCUGGUGGGAAUCUUCACCAAACUGGGGUUGGAGAAGAGGCGUGGAGGCCAGAAUGAUCUCAGUAACUCCAGGACUCUGCAGGAAUUACUGAAGCAGCCAGGAGGGGAGGUGAGUCCCGUGGAUGGACCUUUGAGCAGCACCACAUCUGUUGGAGUGAAUGGCAUCUCUGCCAGGAUGCUUCGCAGCCGCAGCGAACAGUACCAUCUAAACAAUGCUGGCUUCUCUUUUGGUACAUCGGCCGGACUCUCUCAUCCUCAAAGCAACCUCAGUAUACCAGGCCUGGCGCUGAAUAAGUACAACUCUCUGAAAGCAGUUGCUGAUACUGCAAGCCGGGGCUACUACAAGAGUUAUCCACUAAUGGAUUUCUCCCAGCAUCAUUCCCCUCCUGUACCUUUCCAACCGAUGUCAAUGCACCCAAAAGACAAGUCCUACCUCCACCAGGUCCUCCCCUCCCAUGACAUCCAUUCCCCCCUGUCCAUCUCAAUCCCAACCAACCAGUUGGAGAGGACCCGCAUCCCAAAAACCAUCACCCACCCUCAACUUUCCAGCUCCGCCUUCAAAGCUUGGGAUUCUGGACAAAGACACGUCCACCGGCAGACCUCGCAUCCAGGGCACUCUGUUCGCCGACAGAUCUACAGCAACAGAAGACAGUACAGCAUAGAAACGCUACCGGAGUUCAUCUCCCAGCCCACAGGCUAUGGGGGACAACCGCUUUAUCAGCCCCAUCCUAAACUUAAAGCCUAUCAGACCAACAGCAAGACGGAAGUCACUGUCUGAGGAAACAGGAACGAAAGAAACAACACUGCUGACUGUUAAUGGACUGUAUGCACAAAGACUACAAUGUCAAGACUACGUAGUCACCCCUACUUUUAGUGCUAAACCACUCCUGUCUAAGAUUAUAUGGUUUCUUCUGUCCCACUUUUCUGGGGUUAUCUCUGGCUUUUGUGUCACUGACAACAAUGAGGUGAGUGUUCAGACCAGAAGACAGGAAUGGUGCCCAAGGCCACAUUAACUCAACGGGGACAAUGCCAUCAUCACGUCAGCCUAAAUCUAAGUCAUUAAGGGACAUUAUCCUGGCCAUCUUUAUGUAAACAACCUCAGGAUCAAUUAUGUAUAAAAGACAAAGCAAACUUCUAACCCCAGAGAAGGCAAAGAGGACACCCAGAUGUCCAGUCUCACACUAGGAUUUAAGUAUAAGCCUCGCUAAGUGUGUUGAGGAUUUUGUGCUCAUGAAGAAAGUUUUUGAGUUAACAAAUUUCACGGUCUUCCUCUCUGGCUUGGGAAGUCUCGUUGUGAGAAAAUCACUCAUUAAACCACUAACUUGUUUUAGGGGAAUGAAGUUGAAAAAAACCACAAGACAUAAUUCCGUUCCAGUGGGUUACAAUCACCUUUGUACAAAAGAACUAUGUGAAACUCUCAAUGAUAAUUGCAAACUUGACUGCAACUCUGAUAAAGCACCAUUAAACAAGUUUAUACUGAAAAAGACAUUCCUGAAAAGCUAAAAACUUAAUUUCUUUUUUUAUUUCUUUUUUUUUUUAAAGAUUUAUUUUUGGAAUUUUUGUCUUUAUUGGGACAGAACUUAACAGGAAGACAAGUGGGAUGGGAUCGGGAAGGGACCACAAGCUAGGACUCAAACUCGGGUCGCCCAAAGCGCAACUGCACUACAUUUGAUUGGGAAGGGACCACAAGCCAGGACUCAAACUCGGAUCGCCUAAAGCACAACUGCACUACAUUUCGGAACGCUGCCCACAAGGCUAUUGGCUCUGUCCUAGAUACAUUUUCUGUGGAAAUAAAAGAAAUAAAUUGAUUUAUGAGUCUAGUUUUACAUUCAAAUCCUCCAAGGAGUGAAGACAUCAUCAAACAUCCAACUUCAUCUUAUCUUCCUGUUUUUAUCUUGUUUGCUCAAAAGAGUCUGAUCUUCUCUAUCUCUGUUUCUCAAGACCGCCUGUGUUGAGUCCUUAAUGUCAUGCUGAGUCGUUCACUUUACAGAUUGUUGACCAAGGCUGAUUGCCUCAUGGUGCGAGGCUGAAGAAAUGAUGCCAGCAUUGAGCAAUAAAUCUGGACCUUGGAACUGGGAAUGAAGCACAUCAUUCUUGUAAAACAAGCUAUGCAAUGGCAAAAAUAUCAGCUCUACUGAAUUAACCAUCCUUGAAAUCAAGAUCUCACAAGCACUAGCUGUCUUGUAGGCAAGCCUUGCACUGUUUACCUUCUACUUCUGUGUGCUUUCUUUUACUUGGAUUAGAGGGCUGAAUUACCAGAACUUGUACCACAGAGAUACAAUGUAUCCAAAUAAAAAAACAAGAUGUACUUCAAUACCAUAGCAAGUCUGAUGGGGAAAAGUCUGAUACUUCAGAAUCUACGCUAAUUGUGUUGGCUAACCAUCUGCAGUGUAAACAGGAGAUUCAAAUUCGGAUUCUGAUAUGCUAAAAACCCCAGCUAGCAUGAUUGGGAUAAGGAAAAUCCAGAGUGAUUACAGAACGGGGAGGGAAAAUCACUGUUAUUCAUCUUUACACAUUACAGUUUUCUUGUUAAUUGUAUAAAAGCAAUAUCACACUCACAGUCUUAAUAUCAGCACGGCUGUGACUACCUGUGGCUUUGUGCAUACAGCCAAAUGACAUCUGUGCUGACUUUCAGGCCAACAGCACUUGCUAGUGUGAUAUUUCUUAAAUGUAAAUUGUAGCAUUUAAAAUAUAUGUACUUAAAAGUGCUUCCUAUCUAUUCCUGUACUGCAUUGUGCUUUGCUUUUAUUCAAGCCAGAUAUUCCUGUGAACUGGACACUUUUUCUGUUUUCAUAUUUGUAUUAAGCAUACUAAAUAUAUUUCUGUAUUCAUGUACAUGAAUUGUAUCAUUUAAUUAUAUAAGAACUGUAUUUAACAACUACACCGACGCUUUGUUCUACGUUUAAAGACAUCUGAAAUAGGAGUGUUUGUAUAAGCUACUAUUUGUUAUGUUGAUAAUGCCUGUGUUGGUAAUGCCUACUGUGUAAAAAAGUCAUAUGUUAAUUAACUAGUGGUAUAAGGGCUUUUAAACAACAAUUGGAGAAACCAAAACUGGAAAGACAAGCUGAAAUAUUUUUAAUAGGGUUUUUUAUUCAAAUUAUGACUAAAUAUAAGUUAAUAAAACAACCAAUAACAACAAAAAUAAUGCUUGAAAUUGUAAAUCAACGUUAUUAGAUUGAUUUGACUUUGAUUUGUUGAUUUGUACUUCAAACAAUGUCUCUUUUCAAAAUAAAAGUUCUAAAACGUCGAAAUGAUUUUGAGGAUUUUCAAUGUUUGGUUUUAUUUAUAGUCUACUUACUUAUACGAACUCUCUUAAACCGCCACCACUCACCAUGCACAACAGGCAGGUACAUUCAAGAUGUCGGUCAUGGUUGUCGAGGCAGAAAGCAGAAAAACACAUUUGCCUCACACAGGACCACUGAGCCUCUAACUAUCACACGACACGAUCAUCUGGGCUUGGGCUAUAGAUGUAUUGCGCCCUCUUUUGGUGAUACCGCAUAGUGUAACAGAAAAUUCUCUGUACAAGUAUCACAAUAAAACGACACUACUGCAAACAACAUACUGUUUUAUUACGCACGCGUUUGUUAGUCAUUAAAAAACACGCUUCAGAACAUUCCGAGGAUAGUUGGAGAGUUCUCCCCAAAAAAUCUGUCAUCAUUUCAUCACCUUCAUGUUGUUCCAAAUCUGCACGAGUUUCUUCCGUGGAACUUAUGACAGUCUCCAUCACCAUUCAAUUUAAUUGGAUGAAAAGAAAGAAAAGAUGCCAUGAAAGUGAAUGGUGACUGAGACUGUCAGUCCUCAACAAAAUGUCCUUUAACACUGUAAUUCAGUCCAUUCCCAGCCUUUUCCCUCCUAACAGAAUUCUCAAUUCUCCACACAGCGGCUCCUUGGUGUUGUCAUUUUAGUGAUUUUUAUUGUAUGAUAUUAUAUUUCAUAUUAUAACUGCAUAUCUAAAAAAAAAAAAAAAUAAUAAUAAUAAGUUUUUAAACAGUCAGAUGAGAAAGUCUGGAUUAAGUUCAAGUUUCAGGAACAACAAAACCAAUGCUGCAGCAAGAUGGCCUAAAUUUUUCCUGAAGCUCAAACAGUUGAGCAUGGUGCUAGCAACGCCAUUAUCAUGGGUUUGAUUCCCAGGGAAUCCAAUAUAAAUGCUAGCAUAUACCUUAAAAUCAAUGCAAGAUGCUUUUAUCCAAAGCG